AUGUCUUUUUAGAAAGAUGUCGUAAGAACCACAGGGGAAAUGGCUGUGAAAACCAUCUUCCUUUUCCAGAUUGGGGUUGGGGCUUCAGCCAAUGUCAUUCUCUUCUUCUAUAAUGUCUCUCCAAUCUUGCUUGGCCACAGGCAGAGGCCCACACACAUGAUUCUCACCCAUAUGGCUGUAGCCAAUCUCCUGUUUCUUCUCUCCUGUGGAUUUCCCCACGUGAAGGCAGCUUUUAUUUUGAGAAACCCCCUCUCCAGUCUCGGGUGUAAACUUGCGUCUUAUAUACAGAGAAUAGCUCGCAACACCACCUUGUGCUCCACCUGUGUCCUGAGCACCUAUCAGUACUUCACUCUCAUCCCAGGGAGAGUGGAGAGGAGGAUGCUCAGAGGAAAAGCCCCCAAGGUCAUUGGUCGUUCCUGUUACACCUGUUGGAUAUUCAGUUUCUUAGUGAAUAUCUAUAUUCCUGUGAAAAUAACUGGUCCACAGGACGUGGGAAAUCAUACUAACACCCAAGGGAAGUGGUUCUGUUCAUACUCAAAUCCCAGUGCAAGCAUUGUCAUCUUGUGGUCCCUCUCUGAUGCCACGUUUAUUGGCCUCAUGAGCUGGUCCAGUGGCUCCAUGGUGCGUCUCCUGCACAGACACCACCAGAGAGUGCAGCAUAUUCACACCCCCAGUGGCUACCACAAAUGCCCUCCAGAGACCAGAGCUGCCCACACCAUCCUGAUGCUGGUGGUCACUUUUGUCAACUUCUACAUGAUGAAUUCCAUUUUUGCUUUUUACAUGACUGCCUUCGUAGAUUCUCAUCUAUGGUUGAUGCAGAUCUCUCAUAUUUUGGCUUUAUGUUUCCCCACUGUUAGCCCCUUAUUGCUGAUCCUUAGGGCUCCUAGAGCUCCUAGUUUCUCUCUUAAAUAG